AUCUCUCAAUUUGACACAUAUCAAAAUUAGCAAGUUCUGAGGGAAACACCUCAACUUCAGAAAAAAUCAUGUGGAGGAGUCGUUUGUGAUGAGGCCCCCAGAAUGCCUCGGAAAAAUUGGUCAAUCAAAGAAGGAGACCAAUAUUAAUGGAGUACCAGCUGAAAUGUCAAUUAUGUGGGGAACAGUUCAACGUGAACCCCAAGUGUCCCCAUCCGCUUGGGGAGCAUCUUCUGAAAAAGCAUCCAGGCAUUGAAUUGACUUUCUUCACCAUUGAAGAUGACUGUGAUACGAAAUGCUGUAAAUGUAACAGAAAGAAAACUUCCAGAAACAAGUGUUUGUUCAAAAUACCUUCGAAAAGUAUCGUGCCUCCAAAAAAGAGGAGCAGCAUUUUCAAAACCACAGUUGAAUCAUGGAAGCCAGGCCCGGUGAAGAUAAUAUGCCCGAAAUGCAGAAGGAAAGACCGUCCUUGCAUUAGGAAACAGAGAAACAAAGUAGCAUAUUCAUCUUUAGGAGCUUUCUGCAUGUUAACAUGUUGGCCAAUAUGCUUUCUACCGUUUUUGAUACCGAAUGGUAGUGUUUUGGAGCUGUUCUGCAAACACUGUGGAACAUUAUUGGGAGAAUAUGAUCGAAAAACAGGAACUAUAAAAUGUGUUUGUAAUAGAAAUGCCGAUGAUCUCACUAAAAUGUGUUGAUUGUAUAUUUCAAGAUUUAAUCAAUAAAUUGCUUUCCAG